UCCGAAUAAUGUAGAAAGCAAAGGACACAUUUUUACACUCGAAGUUUCUCCUUUCAAAGCUCUUUGAUUUGAGGCGCUAACUCAAAAAUAAAAUCUCACAAAAAACAAAAUAAAAAAUGAAACUUCUAUGAGUAAUGAGUCAGUGAGAAUGUGAAGAAGAAAAGAAAAUUUUUUUCCCUUUUCCUUUUUUUUUCUUUCGCUUAAGUUGAGCUCCACUGUGUCAGUUUCUUCUCAGAACUCUUAAUCUGAAUCUGUGAAAAGAGUCUUUGCUCCCCCUGUCUCUGCUUUUUCCUGACUACGGUUUCAAUUUCUAUGUUUUUGGUAUGGUCGUAAGGACUCAAUUUUUGAUGGUUUUGUGUGUUUGAUUGAUGAAAUGGGAAUGUGGGUAUAGUUGUGAAGUGAGUUUGGUUUGUGGGUAGUUUUUGUUUUUGUGUUGCUUUAAUUAAGGAUGGCUAAUAUCAGAGGCAGACUUCAGUUGAAGAGAGAGCUGACUCAAAUAAAGAAAGCAUCCAGGGUUUUGCGUGAUCCAGGGACAACUUCAUCGUGGAAGUCACCAUUGAGUUCAUCCAGAUCUAUAGCAGCAGCAGCAGUGGCCGCAGCUUCGGGGUCUGGCUCUUCUGGUUUGAAAAACAACAAGCAAUUGGUUGAUGAAAACACCAAUGUGAAUGUGAAUGGGCGUGGGAAAGAGAAGAAAGUGUUUUUGUAUAAUUGGAAGAAUCAUAAUUCCUCUAGUGAAACUAGUGCAAUUGCAAGAAACGAUGAAGCUUAUCGUGUUGAUGAGGAUGGUGAUAGUUUGAGUGAUGCCAAAAAUGGUAGUGGCGCUGGCGGCAUUGAUUCAAAGAGUGAUUCUUAUUUUGGUGAUAAAAGGUCUUCUUCAAUGAUUAUCAGGUGUAGGGAUGCAAAUCUUGUCUCUUUGGCAACUCCAUCAAUGAGAAGAGCUAUGGAAGCUAAGAGGAAGAGUAAGAUAACUAAUUCCCGUUUAGAUUCUUUAUCUAGACAUCAUAAAAAACAGCUUGUUCUUGCUAGGAAUUCAGUUAAUUCUGAAUUAAGAUCGCGAACAGCUCAUCUUUCAAUUGCAUUAGGUUUAGGCAGGGAUGAGUCUGUUGAGCAAUCUGAUGAUACUGAAGACUAUAAUUCAGAAGAUUUAUGUAAAUAUUCGGGGGCUUCCCCUUUGCUUUUAAAACCUAAGCAUAAGAAUUGUUCACAUUCAUCCUCUAAAUUUUUGAGAAGUAGCAAGAAAGAAGACUCUUCUUAUUCUUAUAGUACGCCUGCAUUGUCAACUAGUUCUUAUAAAAGGUAUGUUAAUCGAAAUCCAAGCACUAUUGGAUCUUGGGAUACCACAACAGCAACAUUGGAUGAUAAUGAUGAUGAAAUGGAUGAUAAUUUGGAUUUUCCGGGUCGUCAAGGAUGUGGAAUUCCUUGCUAUUGGUCUAAGAGGAUGGCGAAACAUAGAGGGGUAUGUCAGAGUUGUUGCACUCCUUCCCUUUCAGAUACUUUACGGAGGAAAGGAAGUAGUAUAUUCUGUGGGAGUAUGAGUAAGUAUCAUGAAAGAAGAUGUUCAUCUUCCAAUUCUAAUAAAUGCAGAAUAGCUUCUAGAAGUGCUCGAGGUAUUCUGCCAUUACUUACCAACAGCGGUGAUGGGAGAGCAGGGUCUUCCAUAGGAACAGUUCAUAGUGAUGAUGAGCUCUCGACAAACUAUGGGGAGCUUGAUCUGGAAGCACUAAGUAGAUUGGAUGGAAGGAGGUGGUCAUCAAGCUGUAGGAGUCAAGAUGGGCUUGAGAUUGUGGCUCUAAAUGGUGGAGGAGAAGAGGAUGGUAUGCUUGAAAACAUAAGGAGUCUGAGCCAGAAAUAUAAGCCAAUGUUCUUUGAUGAAUUGAUUGGGCAGAAUAUUGUGGUUCAGUCUCUUGCAAAUGCUGUUUCAAGGGGAAGAAUUGCUCCUGUUUAUCUUUUUCAAGGUCCUCGAGGGACUGGGAAAACAUCAACAGCUAAGGUCUUUGCUGCAGCUCUAAAUUGUCUGGCUACUGAAGAAACAAAGCCAUGUGGUUUCUGUAGAGAAUGCACCGAUUUCAUCUCUGGAAAAAGCAGGGAUUUCUUUGAAGUUGAUGGCACUAAUAAGAAAGGAGUUGACAGAGUUAGGUACCUUUUGAAAAACCUGCCAAUUCAGCCCCCAUCAGCUUCUUCUCAGUAUAGGGUGUUUGUUAUUAACGAGUGUCACUUGUUGCCCUGUAAGACAUGGUUGACAUUUCUCAAAUUUCUUGAAGAACCUCCACAGCAAGUUGUGUUCAUUUUCAUAACAACUGAUAUUGACAAUGUGCCCCGUACCAUACAAUCACGGUGCCAGAAGUAUCUCUUCAACAAAAUUAAAGACAGUGACAUUGUGGCCAGGUUGAAGAAAAUUUCUGCUGAAGAGAUUCUGGAUGUUGAAUCAGAAGCAUUAAAUUUGAUUGCUUUGAAUGCAGAUGGUUCUCUUCGAGAUGCAGAAACAAUGUUAGACCAGCUGAGUUUACUAGGAAAAAGAAUAACUGCAUCUCUUGUGAACGAACUUGUGGGGGUUGUUUCAGAUGAAAAAUUACUGGAACUUUUGGAAUUGGCAAUGUCAUCUGACACUGCAGAAACAGUGAAAAGAGCCAGAGAGUUGAUGGACUCUGGAGUUGAUCCGAUGGUUUUGAUGUCUCAACUGGCCAGCCUUAUAAUGGAUAUCAUUUCUGGGACUUACAACAUUGGUGGAAGGAGCUUAACUGAAGGGGAGUUGGAGAGGUUAAAGCAUGCUUUGAAGCUUCUUUCAGAGGCCGAGAAACAUCUAAGGGUUUCAAGUGAACGCUCAACAUGGUUCACAGCAACUUUAUUGCAACUUGGUUCAGUUCCUUCUCCAGAACUCUCUCUGUCAUGUAGCAGCGGAAAGCAGAGCUCUAAAACGACUGAGGAAGAUCCUUCAAGUGCUUCAAGAGAAGUUACUGUUUACCAGCGGAAAUCAGGGGUGUCUCAAAAUAUACAUUGUGAUUCAGCUUCUCCUGCUUCUGUACAUGAACAAUUAAUUGGAAAUCACAUCCAUCAAGGGGCAUUAUUUUCACAGAUUGAUGGUCAUAAUUCUUAUUUCAAGCCAGCACAUAGCCCAUUCAAGGAUAGUGGUGCCUUGGUUUCUGCAAAUGAUAGUGGUGCGGUUGGCAAUAUGAUUAUUACAUGCAGAAAUUCAGAAAAGCUAGGUGAUAUCUGGGCAAAGUGUAUUGAAAGGUGCCACUCAAAGACACUGAAGCAGUUAUUGCGGGCCUAUGGAAAGCUUUUGUCUAUCUCUGAAGUCGAAGGUGUUUCAGUUGCCUAUCUUGCGUUCGGGGACGGGGAUAUUAAAUCUAGAGUAGAAAGGUUUUUGAGCAGUAUCACCAAUGCAAUUGAAAUUGUCCUGGGAAGAAAUGUUGAGGUUAGAAUAAUCCUUUUGCCAGAUGGUGAGGCUUCUAUAAACAGUGAAUCUUGGAAUGAUCUACCAAAAGAUCUGAAGCAGACACAAACAACUGAAGCAAUUGAGAGAGAAAGAAAGGCAAUUUGCUCAAAUGCAAAUGGUAACUAUUCUGAUUUGGACUCACAACUGAUGCCCCACAAAUUAUCCAGAGGAAGUUUUAAUGAGUUGGAAGGUAAAAUUAAAGGCUCAGAAGAUUGUUCUAAUUGUUCUCCAUUUCGGGCUGGAGCUUUUCAAUCUACUGGUGGAUCAUUGAAGUUGCUGGCUGAGGGCAAUUCUGAACUUGGUGGUACAAAAGAGAGGAGGCUCGAGAUUCCAAUGCACAUAAUAGAAUCCAUUAUCCGUGAGCAGAGGUUAGAAACUGCUUGGUUACAGGCUGCAGAGAAAGGCACAACUGAAUCAUUGAGUCAUUCGAGACCUGAGAGGAAUCAAGUACUGCCUCAGGAGGAUUUUCAUCAACAAAAUCAUAUAGAAUCUACUCUUUCAUCAGCACUACCAUCCAAGCAAUUGGAAAAUGAACUACAUCAGGAACUCAAAGCUUUGAAGCUUGAAGAUGAAAGUGUGCUUCAUAAGGACCAGACCGGUAAAAGGAGUGAUCAUUACCCUAUGUCGCCAAGCUUAUUACAUGAUAGCAACUUUAUGGGAAAUUUCAACAAAGAGAGCGUGGGAUAUGAAUCAGGUUCAGCAGCUGGAGGUUGCAGUGGGCUUUUCUGUUGGAAUAAUGGAAAACCUCCUAAGGGGAGAAAGGUUAAAGGAACCCCUGUUCGACCACGCAACAGUGGACGGUUUUCAUUAUUUGGUGAAUGUGCAAAGAAAAAGGAAAGUGAGAGCAGACCAAGAAGAUAAAAUAGGAAGUUUAGUAGUUUGGAGUUAAAAGGCCUUUUUGUUUUCUUACAUAUAUAUAUAUUAUUAUUCUUUUGUGUACUUAUUUUCUAGUUAAGUCAUUCUUCAAUAAAUGAAAAGCUUAUGUGGUUGGACUACUGCAUUUCUUUAGCUCCA